GGAGGCGAAAGACUGUCAGCCAAUCACAAUCCAGGCUGUAGAGGAGGAGUAAACAAAUGGGGCUGUGUGAGAGGAGGAAAAGAAGGAAGAGAGGGAGGAGAACAGAUGUAUUUUUCUUCUGCUAUGAUUCCGGAAAAAGCUGGAAAAGGAAAAGAACAUGUCCAGCUGUAUUCUGGGAAAGUUUACAGAUGAACAUCAACGACUGAGACCGAUCCUCAUCAGCGCAUCUGUUUCUUGACCAGUUAUUUCACUUCAUUUAUCAUCAUCAGCGAGGCAGGACAGAUGGCUACACCUAGAAGGAUCCUGUCUGACACUUUGGAGAAUUUGGGAGCUGAAGACUUCAGAUUGUUCAAAUGGCAUCUGCAGCAGAGGGACUUCCAGGGAAACUUUAUACCAAUCUCAAUAUGUCAACUGGAGGGUGCAGAUAAGACAGAAACUCUGGACCAGAUGUUGAAAACUUACAGUAUAUACACUGUUAAAGUCGCAAGAAUAGUUUUGGUGCAGAUGAACCGCAAUGAUCAUGCAGACAAAUUGUCAAAAAUCUCUUUUGAACCUCAAGAUAUUCUUACCCAGUGUCAGGAAGAGUUUAAAUGUAAGAUGCAACAGAAGUUUGUGUUUGAGGACACUGCUAACGAAGGAACCCAAAACCUUUAUCUGAACCAGAACUACACAGAACUCUACAUCACAGAAGGAGGGACUGCAGAGGUCAACAAUGAACAUGAGGUCAGACAAAUUGAAACAACAUCCAGGAAACCAGACAGACCAGAAAGAACUAUCACAUGUAAAGACAUCUUUAAAGGACCACCUGACAGAGACAAACCAAUCCGAACAGUUCUGACAAAGGGAGUGGCUGGCAUUGGGAAAACAGUCUUAACACAGAAGUUCAGUCUGGACUGGGCUGAAGACAAAGCCAACCUGGACAUACACUUUACAUUUCCAUUCACUUUCAGAGAGCUGAAUGUGCUGAGAGAGAAGAAGUUCAGCUUGGUGGAACUGCUUCAUCAAUUCUUUACUGAAAUUGAAGAAGCAGGAAUCUGGAUCUUUGAAGACUUCCAGGUUGUGUUCAUCUUUGACGGUUUGGAUGAGUGUCGACCUCCUCUGGACUUCAACAACACUCAGAUCCUGACUGAUGUUACAGAGUCCACCUCAGUGGAUGUUCUGCUGAUGAACCUCAUCAGGGGGAAACUGCUUCCCUCUGCUCGCAUCUGGAUAACCACACGACCUGCAGCAGCCAAUCAGAUCCCUAGUGAGUGUGUUGACAUGGUGACAGAAAUCAGAGGGUUCACCGACCCACAGAAGCAGGAGUACUUCAGGAAAAGAUUCAGAGAUGAGGAGCAGGCCAACACAGUAAUCUCUCACAUCAAGACAUCACGAAGCCUCUACAUCAUGUGUCACAUCCCGGUCUUCUGCUGGAUCACUGCAAAAGUUCUGGAGGACGUGUUGAAGACCACAGAGCGGGGAGAGCUGCCCAAGACCCUGACUGAGAUGUACAUCCACUUCCUGGUAGUUCAGACCAAAGUGAAGAACAUCAAAUAUAAUGGAAGAUCCGAAAUUGACUGGAGUCAUGAGACUGUGGAGAUGAUUGAGUCUCUGGGAAAAUUGGCUUUUGAGCAGCUGCAGAAAGGAAACCUCAUUUUCUAUGAAUCAGAUCUGAGAGAGUGUGGCAUCGAUAUCAGAUCAGCCUCAGUGUACUCAGGAGUGUUCACAGAGGUCUUUAAGGAAGAGAGCGGGCUUCAUAACAACAAGGUGUUCUGCUUCGUCCAUCUGAGUGUUCAGGAGUUUCUGGCAGCUCUCCAUGUCCAUCUGACCUUCUUCAAGACUGGAGUCAGUCUUCUGGCAGAAGAAUCAUGGUGGUCCUGGUUGUCUAAACUAUUCAGAGGUAAACAAAAUCAAACACAGUUCUACCAGACUGCUGUGAAAAAGACCUUACAGAGUCCAAAUGGACACCUGGACUUGUUCCUGCGAUUCCUCCUGGGUCUUUCACUUCAGACCAAUCAGAGGCUCCUCCAUGGUCUACUGAUACAGACAGAAGGUGGCUCAGAGACCAAUCAGAAAACAAGUGAGUACAUAAAGAAGAAGAUCAGUAAGAAUCUGUCUGCAGAGAGAAGCAUCAGUCUGUUCCACUGUCUGAAUGAGCUUAACGACCAUUCCCUGGUGGAUCAGAUUCAAUGGUUUUUCUGGCUAAGCUCAGAAAGGAUCCCUUGGGGUGAUCGUCUGUCGCCUGCUGAGUGGUCAGCAGUGGUCUUCAUCUUACUGUCAUCAGAUAAAGAUCUGGAAGUGUUUGACCUGAGGAAAUACUAUCGGUCAGAUAAUACUCUUCUACGGCUGCUACCAGUAGUGAAAGCCUCCAACAAAGCUCUCCUGAGUGGAUGUAACCUGUCAGAGGGAUGCUGUAAAGGUCUGUCUUCAGUUAUCGGCUCCCAGUCCUCUAUUCUCCGAGAUUUGGACCUGAGCCACAAUGAUGUGCGCGACUCAGGGCUGGCGUUACUUUCUCCUGGACUGAAGAGUCCGCAUUGUGCACUGGAGGCUCUCAGGUUGACUUCCUGUAACCUGUCAGAGAGAGGUUGUGAAACUCUGUCCUCAGUCCUCAGUUCCCAGUCUUGCAGUCUGAGAGAACUGGACCUUAUUAACAAUAAUCUGAAGGAUUCAGGAGUGGAGCUUUUAUCUGUUGGACUGAAGAACAUAAACUGUACACUGGUGAUGCUCAGGCUCACUGGCUGUAACCUGUCGGAGAGAAGUUGUGAAGCUCUGUCCUCAGUUCUUAGCUCCCAGUACUCCAGUCUGAGAAUUCUCGACCUGAGUAACAACAACCUUCAGGAUUCAGGAGUGAAAAUAUUUUCUACUGGACUGAAAAGUCUGAAGUGUACACUGGAGACUCUCAGGCUGGCUGUGUGUAAUCUGUCAGAGAGAAGCUGCGAAGUCCUGUCGUCAGUCCUUGGCUCCCAAUCCUCGAGUCUGAGAGAUCUUGACCUGAGUAACAAUGAUCUUCAGAAUUUGGGAGUGAAGAUACUUUCUACUGGACUGGAGAGUCCAAACUGUACACUGGAGGCUCUCAGAUUGUCAGGAUGUCUAAUCACAGAGGAUGGUUGUGCUUCUUUGGCCUCAGCAUUGAGGUCCAAUCCCACGAAUUUAAGAGAACUGGACUUGAGCUACAACCAUCCUGGAGAACCAGGGGUGAAGCUUUUGUCUGUUCAUCUGGAGGAUCCACAGUGGAGACUGGACACUCUCAGGGUGGACCACUGUGGACCACACAGGUUAAAACCUGGUCUGAAGAAGUAUUAUUGUGAACUCACACUGGAUGAAAACACAAUACCAACUUAUGUUCAACUGCUUGACAAUAAGAGGACAGCAAUAUUUGGGAAGUACCAGCCAUAUCCUGAUCAUCCAUUGAGAUAUCACUAUCAUUGUCAGAUGCUGUGUUCAACUAGUCUGACUGGUCGCUGUUACUGGGAGGUGGAGUGGAGUGAUCGGGUUUCUAUAGCUGUGACUUACAGAGACCCGAGACGUGGAUGCAGUCCUCUCCAAAGGUUUGGAAGAAAUGAUAAGUCCUGGUGUCUGUCCUGCUUUGAUGGUGGUUACUCUGUCUGGCAUGAUAGUACACAAAGACCCCUCCCUCAGUCCCCCUCCUCGUCUGGUCGCGUAUCAGUGUAUGUGGACUAUUCCGCUGGAUCUGUGUCUUUCUACAGAAUCUCCUCUAAUGAUCUGAUCCACCUCUACACCUUCAACACUACAUUCACUGAGCCUGUGUAUGCUGGGUUUUGGUUUCACCACUAUCAUUCCACAGUGUCUCUGUGUGAUGUGGACCAUGUCGGGUCUAGAUAAGCUGGUGUCGGCACUCAUAUUCCUGGACUUUGAGUUCCGUUCCUGUUCAGUCCCUGAAGUCUUAGAACUGUCCCCAGUUUUUGUAUUCAGUUCAAACAUUUAUAUAAAGUAAAUCACACAUUAACAAUCAUUGGUAGUGAGUUUUAAUGUGAUGUCAAUCAGAAUCUCUGAAUUCAUACAG